GGUCGCAGUGUUGCAUCCCUUUUCCCAGAUCGGGAAUGGGCACCGGAAGUAGCGCUUCAGGGAAAUUUUCCAACAAUAAUUACAGACAUUGUUGCAGGAUGUUUGAUGUUUCAAUUUCAAAAUAAAAUCCUUUUUGUGUCGAGGGUUUGGGUUCUGUAAUGUCAAUUAAUAUGACACCUCUAACAUUAAAAUGGGAAUGAUUUGAAGAAAAAUAUACAUGCUUGUGAAAAAAAUGUAGAACAUUUACUUGUGAAAAGACAAAGGGAAUAAGUAUGGAUGUAUGGUUAAUAUGCAUCUAUGAAAGUGUCUCAUUUGGCUCAAAAGGGCUGAAUUUCCAACGGAAAACCUUUAUUUUUAUAUAGGGUCAAUGUCUCUACACAACACAACAUCAUUAUAGGUCAAACGAUGGCAAACAAACAUUGUGGGAAAGUACUCCGGCUACAAAUGGACAUUUAUCUUGAAAGUCCCCGCAGGAACUCACGUGUGCUGUUUCCGCCCACUUGACGCUGGUGUGAAAAAAAAAAUCACACAGGCGAGUGGGAGGAAGACAACUUAGAAACACCGCGGUGCGAAACUCCCUCUCGUUGCAGACUGAAUUGGCCCGGCGGUGUGCGGCUCUGGACGCGGGCGGACUGCGGGUACUCGGCCCGGCUUGUAAUGACCCACGGCGGCCUAAGCUCCCCGCAGCCCUCCGCCCCGUAGGAUACCGCCAAGUUUCAACUUUUGCAUCAAAACUUUGGGCGGCUGUGAACUCGCUCCGUGGGUUUGGUCCCUGGCUGGCCUGUAGACCCGAGGCAUCCGACCCCACAUGUCUCAGCCUUCUUCCCCAAAGUUCACCACAACCACCAGGUGAGCGUGGCCGCGUGACCCCCCACGCACCCGUAGUCCUGCGUAGGUGAACGCGGUUAGUUUUACUUUUUUACGCACACGGGGGACGCGCGGAUCUCUUUGUCGCUCCCUCUCCCCGACCCCACGGCUCUCCCGUAGCCGAAGGAGAACGAAGACACCGGGGAGCCGCCGAGCACCGGGAGCCGUCAUGGAUCUACCGAGAGAGCGCGCGACCCGGCGAGGCGGCGGCGGCAGCGGCAGCGGCGGCAGCGGAAGCCCCGCGGCGACUGACCGGAGGAAACCACCGGUGGAAACGAUGUGCCUCGUCGGUAUUCUCUGCCUCCAAGUCCUGUCCGUCCAGGCCGCUGCCUUCCAGUUCACGAAGGAGCCCAAGUCCCAGGAUGCCUUGCACGGCCGCAGCGCCAUGCUGCGCUGCGAGGUCAGCGAUCUGGCCGACGUCCGAUACAGCUGGCGUCACAACGGCCAGCCUCUGCUAGUGAGCAGUCGGCGCUUCCUCGAGGGCAGCAACCUCAAGUUCACCGCCGUGGAUCGCCAGCUGGACGCAGGAAGCUUCGUGUGCAUCGCCGAGAACUCCAUCACAGGAGAGUCCCUCCAGUCCACCAAUGCCUCCUUCAAUAUCAAGUGGUUGGAGAGUGGCGGUGUGACUUUGAAGGAGCCCGCCUCAGAAGGCGAAAUCGAGAGCUCCGCGCCGGUCGCGCUGCGCUGUCAUAUCGACGGACACCCGCGGCCGACGUGCCAGUGGUUCAAGGACGGGGCGAAGCUGACGGAGAAGAGCCACCAGAUCAACAACAAGGAGAGGACUCUCAUCUUUACCAGUGCCAGUCCGGAUGAUAACGGCCUGUACUACUGCUGUGCCAAGAACGCAGCCGGCCACGUCUGCAGCAGCAGCAACUUCACUCUCAACAUCAUAGACAAGAGUGUUCCGCGGCCGGUGGUCAUCCCCGAGGACCAGGUGGUGUUGAGGAAUGAGGAGGCCUUGCUGCACUGCCAGUUCACCGCCGUGCCGCCUCCCACGUUGGAGUGGUACCACGAAAAAGAGCUGGUGGCAAACAAGUCCCGUCUGUUCCUGCUACACAACGGCACACUGCAGAUCACCCAGGUCAAGCCCAGGAACACAGGCACCUACCAGUGUGUCGGCCGUGGCCUCAGAGGGUCCAUUGUUACCCUGGAGGCCUCCCUCCUCAUAGCUGAGAUCGAGGACAUGGUGCCCAAGAUGUCGAAGGUUUUCACAGCGGACACCCUGCAGCGGGUGGCCUGUCGCCCCCCACGCGGCAGGCCGGAGCCCGAGGUCUGGUGGGAGAGAGGAGGUCAGCGGGUGCCCACGGAGGGCAGAGUGCACCAGGACGGCCUGGAUCUGGUUUUCAGUCCCACCCAGGAGGGAGACUCGGGCAUCUACACCUGCGUGGCCCAGAACAGGGCGGGACGCAGGACCCAGGAGGUCACCUUCACCGUGGCCACCGCCCCAGUGUGGGUGACGAAGCCUCAGGACAGUCACCUGGAGGAGGGUAAACCAGGCUACCUCCACUGUCAGGCUCAGGCCAACCCUGAACCGGAGGUCACUUGGCUGCGGAACAACAUAAUGCUCACACCAGAGGACUCUCGAUUCAAGCUGUUCUCUAACGGCACCCUCAGGAUCAACAACGUGGAGGUGUACGACGGACAGAUGUACGGCUGUGAAACAAAGACCGAGGGCGGCCGACUGACUGGGCAAGCUAGAGUUAUUGUGCUAGAGAAGCUGAAGUUCACCCCGACCCCCCAGCCUAUUCAGUGCCUGGAGUUGGACAAAGCGAUCACCAUUCAGUGCUCCGCUAAAGGCAGAGAGAGCCCGACCAUCCGCUGGACCAAAGCAGAUGGAGGAGAGCUGCCGCCCCGGGUGGAGCAGAGGAACGGCCAUCUCCACUUCACUAAAGUCACCCGCAGCCACGCCGGCAACUACACCUGCAUCGCCUCCAACAGCCUGCAGGGCGAGAUCCGAGCCCUGGUGACCCUCAAUGUGGCCGUGUACAUUCGCUUUAAGGUGGAACCAGAGAACACAACGGUGUACCAAGGUUACACAGCCGUCCUGCACUGUCAGGCCACCAGCGACCCCCAACCUCACAUCCACUGGAUGGCCAAGGACAAGAAGGUGGACAUCAGUAAGAACCCGAGGUUCCAGAAGAUGCCCAAUGGCUCCUUGGUGAUUUCCGAUGUUACUACAGAUGACACGGGCAGGUACACAUGUGUGGCCGGCAACAUCUGCAGCAUCAAAGACCGCGUGGCCAAGUUGUACGUAGUGGAAAAACCAAUGCAAUCCUUCGAUGAAGACAUUGACAAGGCUCCCUACAAGAUGAUCCAAACCAUUGGGCUGUCAGUGGGAGCAGCCGUGGCUUACAUCAUCGUAGUGCUCGGACUCAUGUUCUACUGCAAAAAGAGACGCAACGCUAAAAGACUGCAGAAAGGACAGGACGGAGAGGAGCCCGAGAUGGAGUGUUUGAACGGAGGAACAGUCCAACAAAACGGCCACACCACCGCUGAGAUCCAAGAAGAGGUGGCCCUCACUAAUAUUGGUACCAUGGCCACGGCCGAGAAACGCCACAGCCACGUCAACAACGAUAAGCUCCACUUUCCUCGAGCAAACCUACAAACCAUCACCGCUUUAGGCAAAGGGGAGUUUGGUGAGGUGCUGCUGUGCAAAGCCAAGGGUAUCGAGGAGAGCGAGGAGGAGACGGUGGUGCUGGUGAAGAGUCUGCAAGCCAGAGACGAGCAGCUCCAGCUCGACUUCCGCCGCGAAGCCGAGAUGUUUGCGAAGCUCAGCCACCCCAACGUUGUCCGCCUGCUGGGCCUGUGUCGGGAGGCCGAGCCCCACUACAUGAUCCUGGAGUACUAUGACCUGGGAGACCUAAAGCAGUUCCUGAGGAUCUCCAAAAGCAAAGAUGACAAGGUGAAAUCUCAGCCUAUCAGCACCAAGACCAAAGUUUCCAUCUGUGCCCAGGUGGCUCAUGGGAUGGAGCACCUGUCCAACCACCGCUUCGUGCACAAAGACCUCGCUGCCCGAAACUGCCUGAUCAACAGUCAGAGGCGCGUUAAAGUGUCGUCGCUCAGCCUCAGCAAGGACGUCUACAACGGCGAGUACUACCACUACAGACAGGCGUGGAUCCCGCUGCGCUGGCUCCCAUCCGAGUCGGUGUUCGAGGACGAAUUCUCCACCAAGUCUGAUGUUUGGGCCUUUGGAGUUUUGAUGUGGGAAGUGUUCAGUCUCGGGGAGAUGCCAUAUCCCAAACUCAGCGAUGACGAAGUGCUGGAAGGUCUGCAGACCGGAAAGCUGAAGCUUCCAGUUCCAGACGGAUGUCCCUCCAAGAUAUACAAGCUCAUGGUCCGCUGCUGGGCGACAGGCCUCAAAGAGCGCCCCUCCUUCACUGAAAUCGUCCACACGCUGGGAGACCUGCCCUCUGACAGCAAGGUCUGAGACCAGCAUCAGGGCAGAACUUUGACCAACCCCCUUCCUCCAAAAUAAGGACGGGAAUGCUGGAUUAUUAGUCUCAAACAUUUCAGGGAAGCGGGUUGAGGAGGAAACACUUUUCUUAUAUGCAUUUCAAACUGUGUGUGUGUGUGUGUGA